CCAUAUUUUCCCUUCCCUUGUUGAACUGUUAAAAGUUGUUAAUGGUAGAGAAAACCCAAUGCAGCAGCUGUCUAAUAACUAGUUCAACAAAACCAUGGGUUUCUUUGGUUUUACUUCUUUCAUUCUCUUUUCUAUCCAAUGCAUUUGAUUACAAGGAUGCUUUGAAGAAGAGUGUUCUUUAUUUCGAGGCACAACGAUCCGGUCGAUUGCCGUAUAAUCAACGGGUACGCUGGAGAGGUAAUUCUGGACUUACUGAUGGAUUGGAACAAGGGGUUGAUUUAGUCGGAGGUUAUUAUGAUGCUGGUGAUAAUGUAAAGUUUGGUUUACCAAUGGCUUUCACUGUAACGAUGCUUUCAUGGAGCGUAAUCGAGUAUGGCGAACAAAUCGCUAACUCUGGUGAAUAUGAGCACGUACUCGAAGCGAUUAAGUGGGGAACAGAUUAUUUCAUCAAAGCUCAUACUUCCCCAAAUGUGUUUUGGGCUGAGGUUGGAGAUGGUGAUACCGAUCAUUACUGUUGGCAACGACCGGAAGACAUGACAACAUCUAGACAAGCUUAUAAAAUCGAUGAAAAUAACCCGGGAUCGGAUCUUGCUGGAGAGACUGCAGCGGCAUUGGCAGCAGCUUCUAUCGUGUUUAGGAAGUCUAACCCACAUUACUCUCACUUACUCUUACAUCAUGCUCAACAAUUGUUUGAGUUCGGAGAUAAGUAUAGAGGAGCAUAUGAUAGAAGUUUAGAGGUGGUGAAAAGAUAUUAUCCAUCAGUGAGUAGUUAUAAAGAUGAAUUGUUAUGGGGAGCUUUGUGGUUGUACAAAGCCACCGAUAAUUCGAAUUAUUUCAAGUACAUUAUCAAUAAUUCUCAUGAAUUUGGUGGCACUGGAUGGGCUAUUACUGAAUUCAGCUGGGAUGUUAAGUAUGCUGGUAUUCAAAUUCUUGCUUCCAAGAUAAACUUCAAACCUUUAAUUUUCUCACUAAAUUUUCGAUCUCUUAGUGUCUUUUCUUUUACAAUAAAAUUAACAACUUUUUGUUUACAGUUGUUAAUGGAUGGGAAUCAUGAAGAUUAUACUCAGAAAAUUCUUGAGCAAUAUCGUUCCAAAGCCGAGCAUUAUCUAUGCUCGUGUCUUGGCAGAAACAAUAAUAGCAACGUGGAGCUAACACCGGGGGGGCUUUUAUUUAUCCGAAAAUGGAACAAUAUGCAAUAUGUAUCUACUUCGGCUUUCCUUCUAACGGUAUACUCUGAUUAUCUUAAAAGAGCAAAUCAAAAGCUUAACUGCAACGGAGAAAUGGUAAAACACCAAGAAUUAUUGACACUAGCAAAAUCUCAAGUCGAUUACAUUUUGGGUGCUAAUCCAAUGGGUAUAAGUUACUUGGUGGGUUUUGGAUACAAAUACCCUAAAAGGGUGCACCAUAGAGGUGCAUCCAUUGUUGCAUACAAGAGAAGCAAAGGGUUCAUUGGUUGUACACAAGGGUAUGACCAGUGGUACAGUAGAAAUAAACCGAACCCGAACGAAGUAACUGGCGCUCUAGUUGGUGGACCAGAUAUCCACGACAAUUUCAACGAUCAUCGUGGAAAUUACGCACAAACUGAAGCAUGUACGUAUAAUACUGCCCCGUUGGUUGGAAUUUUCGCAAAACUACACCAGCUAGAGGAGGGCAAAAAUACAUCUCAAUUUUCAUCUUUUGCUUCUUCUUAAGAAUUCCUUGAC